AACAAAUGCUUUGGUGUUGCCUUUAAACGAUAGAAAAGCCGAAAAUGUUUUAAUAAGUGGUGGAAAGGGAUCGUCUUUGGCUUCACUCAACUAUUUGAGUGAAAAACUAAAAAAUAAAAUUAAUAUAAAAAUCCCAAAAGGAAUUGUAGUGACAACUAAUGCAUACAAACUAUUUGUCGGACAAUACAAACAAAUUAAUAAUAGUAUCAAUAAAUUGAAGACUUAUGUUAGAAUUACUAGAGAAAGAGUGCAAAAAUGUUGUGAAUACUAUACAAUCGUCACAAUUAUCACAAGAAAUCAAAGAUAAUAUUCGUUCACAACUUGAUGUCCUUUACAAUCAAAAUGAGUUGAAUGAGCGCUCAUUUGCUGUCCGUUCCUCUGCUUCUGGAGAGGAUUCUGAAGACAUGUCAGCCGCCGGACAAAUGACUACUUAUUUGGGAGUUAAAGGAUUGGAUGAGAUCUAUAGUGCAGUCACUAAGUGCUGGUCGUCUCAGUUUGAAUUCAUUGCCGUUGAAUAUAAGCGCGGAUACGGACAGGACAUCAACUCAUUGAUGGCAGUCGUCGUACAAGAGAUGGUUGAUUGCGAUUCUGCGGGCGUUCUCUUCACCUGUGAUCCCGUGUCAGGCGAUGAGCGGGAAGUCAUAAUUAGCGGCAAUUAUGGUAUUGGAGAGAGUGUUGUGUCUGCGAUGUCAGAACCGGACACUAUUAGGGUUUCCGUAGAUAUCAAAGACAAUUCAUUCAAUAACCGCACGAUUGAAGGAAUCAAAUCCAUAUCCAUUGGAAGCAAAGGAAAAUCAAUUAAAAUGAAUACUUCCGGCAGUGGAACAGUAGAAGUGGACACAAAUGACAAAACCAAGUGUUGUAUUAGUAAUGACGAAGCCUUAAGACUUGCAAAUAUUGCUUUAGAGAUUCAGAAAUUCUUCGGAAGUGUUCGCGACAUAGAGUGGGGUAUAAAAGACAACCAAAUUGUGAUCCUUCAGUCUCGUCCGGUCACUAAUCUGGACUCAGGUUUCACUGAAUUUGAGUUAAUCCAUGAACUGGAUGUAGGACUUCCCUCUGAAAAGGAAUAUAUAUCUAAAGCUAAUGUCGGAGAAGUCAUUCCCGGCUGUGCUUCAACCCUAUUAUUGAGUUAUAGUUUCAAGCAAUUCAUGCCUCUUAUGAUUCUUGAUUUAAAUAAGUCCGAAGGCUUGCCGUUAAAUAUGUACUGUCCAUACGCUCCGUCUGAAUUUCUCAAAAUGAACGAUAAUUCGUCGGAUUACAAUAAAGCAAUGACCUUGUCGAUUUUUGGCCACGAAUUGGAUCAAGAAAUUAUAGAUGACUGCAAAGACAUCGCUUCACCCGAACCUUUAAGUCUCAGAGUUCGCCGAAACCUUCAUUUAUCUCCUUAUAUGGCUUUCCCUGAAUUCUUUGUCAACCGAUACGAACAGAAUAUUCAUCCGCAUCUAUUUAAUGAUUUCGCAUACUUGAUGUCCAGUUGUGGACAGUUGGUCAGUGCAGACGUCCCCUCAGCCUUAAGACAAUUGGUUCAGGCUUUGGAAUAUUUGAGGAAUAAUAAGAAUAAAAGUGGAAAACAAUUCAGGGAUUUCAUUACAAAACACGGCCACAGAGGGUAUAAAGAAUUUGAACCUCUAGUAAAGACAUGGAAAGACAAUCCCAUUCCUCUCAUUCAAUCACUCAAAACAAUGCUUUCUGGCGACGCUUCCACUUAUAAGACAAUUGCAAAGGUGUCGGUCACAGAAAUAGUAGAUUCUCUCAAAACUCCUUUGAGUCUGAAUAGGAAAUUGCUUUUAAAGCACGUGAUUCUGCCGCUGGCCAGGAGGGCAGUCGCCAUGAGAGAGGCCACCAAAUCAGCAAUCAUUUAUGGCUGGGGUUUAAGUCGUGAUGUCUUGUGGUCAUUAGCCAACAGAAUGCAUUCGGAAGGACUACUUCCAGAACCAGAACUUUUGUUUCAUAUGACUAUCGAUGAAAUCGAUCACUUCAUUGAUUCCAGAAAUCCUAUUAUCGUUGCAAAAGCCAAACAAAGGCGAAGACUUCAACAGAAAAUGGAUUCGUGGAAAUUCGACGAAAUUGUUUCCGGAUAUGACUUCCAACCCAAACAUCUUAUGGACAGGAGUGAUGUGAAAUUAUCUGGAGAUGAAGUAAAGGGAACGCCUGUAAGCGUUGGGAAAGUGAUGGCCAGAGUUUGUGUCGCACCUAAUCUUGAAGACGCUGUCAAUAUUCAGGCGGGCGAUAUUCUUGUGACGUAUAGCACAGACAUCGGUUGGUCUCCGUAUUUCCCAAUGAUUAGUGGAAUCGCUACAGAAAUCGGUGGACUGGUAUCACACGGCGCUGUCAUAGCUCGGGAAUAUGGUUUGCCGUGUUUGGUAGGCGCCGCCAAUGCCUGUCAAAUCUUCAAGACUGGAGAUGUAGUACUCCUGGACUCUCAGAAGGGAAUUAUGUGUAGAGUAGAUAACAAUAACCACAACAACGGAUCAAUUGAUUAA